GAUUUCGUUAUGUAGGUCCAUUCAGUUUGCAUGAUCCACGGUUUCGCUUAGUUCCUGCUAAGAAGGGUAUACUACAUCAAACUUGUAAGAACCACUUCACAACUAAUUUGGCUUAUCUUCAUCUGGGGACCCACAGUAACUGACAGCAGCUAAACGGCGAGGUUGUUACCCGGUCUCAUCAGCUGGCAGUCUCUCUAAGGCUGUAACCAUUUCCUUCACCAGUAAAAGUACUCACACAGCGAAUGGGCAGCGACAACGAUGCACAAAUAGGAUACGGUAGACGUGGUGCAUCAUCAUCGAGCAGCAGAGAGUCUUCACCCGCUUCUAAACGACAGAAACGGUCUUUCACGCCAAAUUCUGACGAUGAGACCCCCGUGGUUCCUGCACCAGUCGAAACUAGUGGGGAUGCAUCUUCCAGCGAUGGUACCCCAGCGCCCUUGAUUCGCCAAGCGGUUGGAUUCUCGUGGCAGCCGUCCGUGCUCCCCAUCCCAACUGUCAACACCUACCAAGCCGUCCUCCCCACAAAUCCAAAUGCAAUACAAUUUCUCCCAGGCCAGGCGCUACCCAAGAAAAAGAAAAGGAGGGAAAAACCGGAGUACUCCGCUCAGACGAGCCGGUUCAGACUCUCUCAGGUACCCGGGCCCACACCAGCACACACACCAGAACCCUUAACACAGCCCACACUAUAUGCUGGCGGGGGUCCGUAUUCUUCAAUGUAUCGUAUCAGCAGUGCCGCAUCGCCUAGCGCUAGUGUCACCAUGUCUAACCCUUCAGUUGCCGAUGGUGCGUCGCCUGGGGAAGCUCAUUCCCCAGCCGCAUAUUCCACAGUAGCAUCCGGCCCACGUAGUAAUGCGGUACCGCGGGCAUACAAUAACAUAGGUCCCAGUGGCAGUCGUGCCCCGGGGCAACUUGACGGACCUAUUGCGCCUGCCAUGACUAAACGGAAUAAGAAAUUAACUGGGCAACGCAUUGCUCAGGACCCCGGUUCUUUAGCUCAGUCACCGGCCUCUAGCCGCCAACUUCAACCACCUCCUUCCAAUAUGCAUUAUCCACGCCCAGGAGCACAUUAUCGUCACGAUUAUGAGGCAAACCUAGAUUCACGCUCACCCUCCACAAGUGCGGUUUCUCGUCAAGAACCUGUGGGACCGACUUUUUCUCCACAAGAACGAUCUGCAGCACCUCCAGCCUCUGGAGGACAAAUGCGACCUCUUCGGAUGUUGACGCUCCUCAUCGAGGAUAUCAGAAGUGGAGUCCCAGAUCAUCAGCUUGCAGAGAUCAAAGUAGUUCUUCGGCCUGGGGAAGACCCAGACAGUGGUUUUUGGGCAAAUGCAGAAGAGGUCUGCGAGACUUUGCAAGCAGGACCGUCGCGGAUAGAUGGUCCUGCGAGGGUGUACACGCUUCGUGGAAAAUAUCGUCAGUUCUUCAUGCGUGUGGAUGCUGACAACGUCCUCGAAGUAAAACCAUGCAAUCUUGGUGUGAGCAAAGAGCGCACGCUUGAAGUCGUCGUCGAAGCUCCUAUCCCGAAAGGUCGAUUACCUCCACCUCCCCGGAUUUCUCUUGAACUGCCACAAAUGUCUAGCUCUGACUCCGAUACUGUCCUGUCACCUUCUGGACAGCAAAUGUCAAGACUGCCAGUAUAUUCAGGAGUCACACAGAAAACGACCCUCCCAGAGCCAUUUAUUCACCUCAAAAUAAAGCACCACGAAACUCAGUCCAAAGGACUCCUUCUCCUAGUCGCACGCCACAUCGAGCGAGACAGUCGAGGCAUGGAGACCAAGAAAGCUCCUUCUUCUGAUGAAGACGGUGUACGAGAAAUAUCGCCCCCCAUUCCUGGGCGCCACGCUGAGACAGAAGAUGAAAGGGACGAUGCGAUUGCCAAUUUCAUUCGAUCGGACAUAGAGGGCGAAAAGGAAUGGCCUCGAUGCAUGUCGAUCAUCUCUCACGGAGGCCCGAAGCGCGUUUCUGACGUUCUGUGGUCCUACAACUACGUCGAAAACAGAGUUAAGGAACACGAAGAUAAGAAAACACCAUCACACUGGGAUGGCGCGCCAAACUCCAGGGUUGAGAGACGACAUGUUUGGCGUGCACUGAACCUCCCUCCUGAAUGGGGAGAGGAGUGUCGGACUGUUCUCACUCUUGUCGGCCAUUACGGGAAGUAUGGGCGCAGGUAUCAGGAUUCGCAUGUCAUAAACGAGAUUGACAGUACGGCCGCUCCUACAGAGAAGACUUGGAAACGGUUUGUUAAACUGCUACACAAGGUUGAUACACAGUAUUUGUCUAGCCGAUUAAUGGAAAAUAUGUGAACGUAAGCUGUUCACGGUGGACUCCAGCUCUCCUCGUAUUUGCACUACAUCACUUCCUCACAAUAAUUUCUCCCUCGUACUUUCUAUGCACACCCGUAUACAUAGAUACAUGAAAAUAAUAAUAAAUAUAUGCUUU